GCAAGACAACGGUUGCGUGACACCAAUGUUGUAGAUUAAUUUUUUAUUAAAAAAACGAAAUAUUUAAGCAAGACAUAAUUAAAAUACAAAACUUGAAGAAUGGCGACGUUACCACAAAUGGACGAAGAUAAACUUAAAGCGGUGCAGGAGUUGGAAAUAGAAUUGAUGUCAGAUAUGUAUAAUCGUAUGACAUCGGCAUGUCAUAGAAAAUGUAUAGCAUCAAAGUACGCUGAGGCUGAACUAGGCAAAGGAGAAUCAAUAUGUCUAGAUCGUUGUAUCGCUAAAUAUUUAGAUGUUCACGAACGUAUUGGCAAAAAACUCACACAAAUUUCAAUGCAAGAAGCAAAAAUUGCAGAACAACCAAAAACAAGCUAAAUCUACUAUAAUUAGUUGCAUUUAGCAAAAUUUUUGUGGAAAUGUGUCUUAUAAAUCGACUUCAUUUGAUUAGUGUACAAUUCUGAAAGAUGUAUACUUUAUAUAUAAAAUAAAACAAAAAAAUAAACUACUGCAUUAUUCUGUA